UAAGCUGGGGUCUGCCUGUCCCCAUGAGUACCAGACUAAUGAGACCUGGCCACUUUCUCCUCAUUUCUGUCUGUACGAUUGUCAGUGGAUCUGACGACACCAAAAGGGCUCAGGAUGCUACUGUUGCAAGCUCUCCUGUUCCUCUUAAUCCUGCCCAGUCAUGCCGAAGAUGACGUUACUACAACUGAAGAGCUAGCUCCUGCUUUGGUCCCUCCACCCAAGGGAACUUGUGCAGGUUGGAUGGCAGGCAUCCCAGGACAUCCUGGCCACAAUGGCACACCAGGCCGUGAUGGCAGAGAUGGCACUCCUGGAGAGAAGGGAGAGAAAGGAGAUGCAGGUCUUCUUGGUCCUAAGGGUGAGACAGGAGAUGUUGGAAUGACAGGAGCUGAAGGGCCACGGGGCUUCCCCGGAACCCCUGGCAGGAAAGGAGAGCCUGGAGAAGCCGCUUAUGUGUAUCGCUCAGCGUUCAGUGUGGGGCUGGAGACCCGCGUCACUGUUCCCAAUGUACCCAUUCGCUUUACUAAGAUCUUCUACAACCAACAGAAUCAUUAUGACGGCAGCACUGGCAAGUUCUACUGCAACAUUCCGGGACUCUACUACUUCUCUUACCACAUCACGGUGUACAUGAAAGAUGUGAAGGUGAGCCUCUUCAAGAAGGACAAGGCCGUUCUCUUCACCUACGACCAGUAUCAGGAAAAGAAUGUGGACCAGGCCUCUGGCUCUGUGCUCCUCCAUCUGGAGGUGGGAGACCAAGUCUGGCUCCAGGUGUAUGGGGAUGGGGACCACAAUGGACUCUAUGCAGAUAACGUCAACGACUCUACAUUUACUGGCUUUCUUCUCUACCAUGAUACCAACUGACUGCAACUACCCAUAGCCCAUACACCAGGAGAAUCAUGGAACAGUCGACACACUUUCAGCUUAGUUUGAGAGAUUGAUUUUAUUGCUUAGUUUGAGAGUCCUGAGUAUUAUCCACACGUGUACUCACUUGUUCAUUAAACGACUUUAUAAAAAAUAAUUUGUGUUCCUAGUCCAGAAAAAAAGGCACUCCCUGGUCUCCACGACUCUUACAUGGUAGCAAUAACAGAAUGAAAAUCACAUUUGGUAUGGGGGCUUCACAAUAUUCGCAUGACUGUCUGGAAGUAGACCAUGCUAUUUUUCUGCUCACUGUACACAAAUAUUGUUCACAUAAACCCUAUAAUGUAAAUAUGAAAUACAGUGAUUACUCUUCUCAC